AUGUCGACGACCUCGUCCUCGGCUGCCGCCGGUACGGCAACAAGGCCACCACCACCACCAUCGCCAUCACCGUCACCGGCCAAGCCUGCGACCACACCCGUGGCCUACAAGCAACCAAAGCGGAAGCCGCUUCCGAUGACGGUUGAUUUUUCCGCGUUGCCGAUCAGCAGGGCUGUUUCGAAAACGGACGCGGCGACGAAGAAGGAUGAUAAGAUAUCGAACGAAAGGAGAGAGGGGAUCGUGACCGCUGAUGCUAGAACUGCAGUGCCUCCGAGGCUGGAUAGUUUGGCAUCAGUAGGGACACUGAUUACAUUGAAUGGAUCUUCCUCAACGGGAGAAUCGAGUGCUCUGCCGUCACCGGAGGUAAAGAAGCCUAUCAGUUAUCCACCAGUGAGGAGUAUGCUCGAUCCUCUUCCUGCCCGCCGCCCAGCAUCACCAUCUCCUCCGCCACCACCACCACCUCCCAAGACACAAACACCCCCGCCACCGACACCGCCUGUCGUCAGAGAGGUGGAGACAGUAUCUCUGUUACCGCAGCCUGAGUUUAAACCGUCAGAACCCGAGCCAGAGCCAGAGCCAGAACUUCCACCUUCUCCCUUACUCGCGCCUCUAUCAGUAGCCUCCACGACCACCACUCAGCCUCUAUCGAUUCCUAGAUCGCCUUCAUCCCACUCCCUCUAUUCUCUACAAUCCGCCUCAUCUACAGCCCCGCAAACCACACAGUCUACAAGCACCCCCUCGGCACCUCCUGCGAUCCCAGAAUACAGCUCGCGGCGGACAUCCAUCGCAUCAGCGCGUACGCACGGGCUAUUAAAGGGUUCGAUAACCUCGGUUGCGUCGUUCAGCUCCGCUGUAUCAGCCGACAACAACAGCACGUACUCUCUCGCACUCUCGCGUGCCUCGUCGCACGCGAGAGAGGAAAGCUCCGGGAACGCGGCCGCGGGACCAAGCUCUGUUCCUCCGCUCCCGUCGAUCCCGCUCACGACAUCGGCUUCGACUACCACUAUGUUGACGACCACUACCACCGGAGACACUCUAUCUGUCGCCAGUUCGCGAGGCGGCGGAGGCAGCAGCGGCGUUGAGGACGCGCAUACGGUUUCGGAGGAAGAGUCUCUGGCGAAAGCGGUUACGGAUUCUACGCCUGCGGUGCCGGCUUCGGAGCGGAAAGCAGACUAUGUGACGUACAUGCGUCGCCAGAAAGCAACGGUGUGGUGUGAUCGCGUGCCGACGAAUCUGAUCACGAAGAGCAAGACACGGCAUACGACGGCCGCGCACGGAAGCAGCAGCAAAAAGAAGAAAGACAGUCAGCGGGCGGAUGAGUUCUCGUCUUAUAUGCACGCGUAUGCUUACUAUCAGCCGAAACUCGAUAUGACGCUCGAACUUAGCGAUGCCAGAGUCGUUUCGCAUAGCUCUUCAAGACUUGCGCUUCGAGCACUGGAUCAGGACGAUGAGACGGUGUCGCUAAAGAGCUCAGUGAAUGAGACUACCACUACCCGAUCAUCGUCUACUCUUGAUCUUAACGCCACCACAACCGGCCUUUUUAAGUCAUCCACUCUCGCGAGCGUCGGCAGCAGCGUCACGGUGGCAUCUACCAACGACGCCAACGGCGCAGCAAACAAUCGCUUAUCAGGCAUGAGCUCAGCGCGCAACUCUGUGCACACCGUCGCCAGUACAAGUCACCUCCAGGUGCCAGGCACGCCAGGUACACCAUCUCAAGUGCAAAACAGCGGCAACGGCAGCGUCAGUGGUAAUAACCUCACGCCGCCGUAUCCAUCUGUUGGCACGCCGGCGUCGGGAACAUCGGUCGCGUCGAAGAAGGCAAGUAACGAGAGUCUGGCAGAUACAUUGCUGGAGGACAUUGUUGCGCCGCGGAGGACUUUGUAUAUUGCCAAUCCGGAUUAUAGUAGUAGUGAUGAAGAGUGA